AUGAGACUUCUUCGAUCUCCUCUAGUCGUCGCUGUCGGUGCCCCAUUGGUGGCAGGCUAUCUUGUGGCUCCUCCAGGCACUGCUUUCCCGGGAACCAUCUCGACUUGUAGUGCUUGGGUUGCAGGUAGUUCAACCCUGACUUGUGCUGAUGUCGAAAGCACAUAUGGAAUUACCGCGGCUGACUUUGCUGCCUGGAACCCGGACGCUGUUUUGACUGGCUCGUGCACAUUGUCAUCUGGCUUCGACUACUGUGUCCAGGUCAACUAUGGAACGACAUCUUCAUCAGUUACUGCGUCUACCACGAGUACUUCAUCUACACAAACUACCUUUGUCACCACAACCACCACGGCUGGCAAUGGAGUAUCUACUCCAACUCCAACCCAGGCUGGGAUGGUUGACAACUGUAACAGCUUCCACUUGGUGACCAGUGGUGAUACGUGCGCUACCAUUGCUUCUGCAGCUGGAAUAUCCACUACCGACUUUUACGCAUGGAACUCUGGCGUAGGAAGUGGCUGUUCCUCCCUCUGGCUUGGAUAUUAUGUCUGCACAGGUAUCAUCGGGGAAACGGCUACCGGAACUACUGUGGCUUCUGCAACAACAUCUACGGGCAAUGGGAUCACUACUCCAACUCCCACCCAAGCUGGAAUGGUAGAUGACUGCAACAGCUUCCACUUGGUCGUUAGUGACGAUACCUGUGCCACUAUUGCAUCCGCAGCGGGAAUCUCCACUACUGACUUUUACGCAUGGAACUCCGGUGUUGGCAGCGGUUGCUCCUCCCUGUGGCUUGGAUAUUAUGUCUGCACUGGGGUAAUUGGAUCUACCCCUACUACCUCAACUGCUACAACAACAUCUUCUGGAAAUGGAAUCAGCACCCCGACCCCCACUCAAGCUGGAAUGGUCGAUGACUGCGAUAGUUUCUACCUGGUUGGUAGCGACGAUACCUGUGCCAGUAUUGCAUCCGAGGCGGGCAUCUCCACUACCGACUUUUACGCAUGGAACUCUGGCGUGGGCAGUGGGUGUUCUUCUCUCUGGCUUGGAUACUAUGUCUGCACUGGAGUUAUCGGAUCCACCCCUACUACAACAACCACCACCACCACUUCGACCGGGAACGGAGUAACGACUCCUACUCCUAUCCAGCCCGGAAUGGUUAGUGAUUGCGACAAGUUCCACGAAGUUGUUAGUGGUGAUGGUUGCCAGGCCAUUGCUGAUGAUGCGGAUAUUACUCUGGCCGAAUUUGAAGCAUGGAACACCGAAGUAGGUACUAGCUGUUCCACCUUGUGGCUAGGAUACUACGUUUGUAUUGGAAUCCUUUAA